AAUUAAACCCGACACACCCACUUCAUUCCCAUACAAACACCCUCUCAAUCCCAAUCUCAAUCUCAAUCUCAAUCCCAAUCAAUCUUAGAUAUGGCAGAACAAGUUCAAGUCUUCGGUUUCUGGGAAAGUCCUUUUAGUCGCAGAGUGGAGCUAGCUCUCAAACUCAAAGGCGUAGAAUACCAAUACUUUGAAGAAGAUUUGCCCCAUAAUAAGAGUGAUUUGCUUCUCAAAUACAACCCAAUUCACAAGAAGGUCCCUGUUCUCCUCCACCAUGGUAAACCCAUUGCAGAAUCUCUUGUGAUUCUGGAAUACAUUGAUGAUAUCUGGAAAGAAAGUUAUCCCAUCUUGCCCCAUCAUCCCCACCAAAGAGCUCUUGCCAGAUUUUGGGCUAAGUUUAUCGACGACAAGGUCGUGGUUGCAGUAGUGAAGGCUGCUGGAAGCAGAGGAGAAGAUAGAGAGAAGGCUAUAAAAGAGGCAAGGGAAGCAUUAGAAACACUUGAGAAAGAGAUUGAAAAAAGCAAUAAAUUGUUUGGAGGAGAUGAUAUUGGGUUUGUGGACAUUGUUGGGACUGUGAUUGCUGGUUGGAUUCCUGCGAUUGAAGAAUGCUUUGGGUUUCAGCUGCUUACAACUGAUAACUUCCCUAACCUAAUCAAAUGGAGUGAUCAGGUUGUUAACCAUUCCAUUGUCAACCAGAUUCUCCCUCCAAAAACUGAGAUUGUUGCCUUUAUGAAAGCUAAUUGGAAAUUUUAAAAAUUAAAGAGUAUGAUGUAACCAAAAUUUGGUAUCGAUGUUUCAUUGGAAUGCUUAAAUAAGUUCAAGAACUAA